AUGAGAAGGCCUUGUUCAUCUGGCUCGUGUGCAUCUUCAGCCACUUAUUCCAUGCCUGCUGGUGGAAUAUGUGCUUGUGGGGAACUAAUUGUUUACCUGACAUCCCACACUUCUGAAAACCCAGGAAGACAUUUCUGGAGAUGCAGGAAUUUCAAGACACCUAAGGAUUGUGGAUUCUUCUUAUGGGAUGAUGAAGUUGUAGUCCAAAGUUCAGGAAGAGAAGGUGUUGUUGAUAUGUUGAGGACAGAGUUGGAAGAAUCGAAGAAGAAACUGGAUGAAUUGAAGAUGAAAUUGGAGGAUACAAAAAUGAAAUUGGAGGAUACAAAGGGGAAACUUGAGGAAAGCAAGAACAAGAUUUGGAAGCUUGACUGUGAGAUGCUGAAUAAGAAUAUGGCCUUUGUAGCCAUAUUGAUUGUUGUGUUAGCUUGGGUUGUUAGCUUUUGCUUCAUUUAUGGAAAAAUGUAA